CAGCAUCGGAGUGAACAUUUCAUUUCCUGUUUCGCAACUCGCGUGUUUUUUCCGUCUGUUGACAUUCGGCGGAAAAGGCGUUUCCCGAGAGGUUUAAACAGUCUUGGUAGUCUAAAACCCUAAACUAAGAAAGAAAGAAGAAGUUUUAAACAGCUUGCCUUUCUUUGAACGAUCAGACUCAAUAAUAAGAAAAGAAUAAAAAGAUAGAUACAAGAAAAUAUAAGAAAAUAGAUCCAGGGGAUAUAGACUAGACAAUAGUCUAAAACCCAAUAAAAGAAGAAAGAAGGAGAAAGAAGAAGACUUGUGGGUUUUUUUUUCUCUCGUAUGUGGAGAUAAUGCAUGGCUAUAGGUGAGGCAUGAGGGCGCUUUGGAGGACCUGUGUGUUGGGCUUGUGGGUCGCCUUAGGCUUCCUUUGCGUGGAAGGAAAUGCUGGAGAGUUUAAGGCUAAACCCAAGAUGCAUCAGGUCUGCUAUUAUGCUAUUCCUAAUAAAGGGGGUGGUGAUAUUACCGUGAAAGCCUUAUCUGUGAGCGACAUCGAUCCCUUUAUUUGUACUCAUAUUAUUGUGGCCUUUGCUAGAAUCAGGAACAAUGUAAUUGUUCCAUCCAAUGAUGAGGAUAUUGAGGUAUACAAGGAAGUAAUUGCCUUGAAGAAGCAGAAUCCAGAGCUAAAGGUUCUUUUGUCUGUGGGUGGGGGCUCAACAGACGGAGGAUUCCCAAGCCUUGUUCGUGAUCCCCAAGCAGUUAUUGAGUUUGCCUCACAUUCUCGAAAAUUCAUCACAACAUAUGGCUUUGAUGGCUUAGACCUUGACUGGGAAUUCCCUGCAUGGCCUGUGUUGGUGAGAAACAGGCAGGAGAAGAGAUGGUUCACAAGACUUGUUCAGCAUCUCUACCAAGAAUUUAAGUCACCAUUACACAAACCGCUCUUGCUCACAAUUGCUGUAGCAGCUCCAAAGGCAAUCAUAGACAGGUCAUAUGAAAUCUCUGAGUUAUCCAGGUAUGUUGAUUUUGUGUCAAUGAUGGGUUAUGAUUACCACAUCUUCUGGCCAUAUCUGCCAUUUACAGGCUAUAAUGCCCCACUCUUUAAAAGUAAAAAUGACAAAUAUUACUUUGCAACUAUGAAUAUCCAGUGGUCUGCAGAUUAUUGGGUGGAGAAAGGGAUGCCAAAGGAAAAGCUAGUCAUUGGAAUUCCUACUUAUGGCCGCACAUGGAAAUUGCUGAAUGCAGCAUGGAACAAAACUGGAUCACCAGCAGUUGGAAAGGGCAUGCUGUCAGGCAUUGUGUCAUACCCUGAAGCUUGCAUAUUCUACAAGGAAGGAGCAGAAAGACAUUUUGAUGAAUCAUGCAAGGUCCCUUAUGCCGUGAGGGAAAGGGACUGGGUUUCUUAUGAAGAUCCUCAGAGCAUCAGGGAAAAGGUAAAGUGGGCAAAAGACAGCCAUUUUGCCGGAGUGAUGACAUGGAACCUGAACUGUGACGACUGGGCUGGCAUUUGUUCAGGAGAGAGAUUUGAGCUUCAUAGUGUGAUCAAGAAAAUUAUAUCUAGUGAUGAAUUAGGGUUGGAUUACUCAUGAUAAGAUAGAUCAUUGUACUUACUUCAGUAAAAAGAAUUUGCUUGUAAAGUAGCUGAGGACUGUAAUGAAGUUGAUAUUGUGAGGGUUUGCAUAUGUGAUUUUGAUGAUAUAAUUUUAUUAAGUUACAAGUUCCAGUUACUGGUAAUGAGAAUUAUUUGCACAAAAAGCACAUAGUUUUGAUAUGAGGAUAAUAUUUAGGUGUGUGUAGCAGUAGUUAUGAAUAUUUUUCAUAUAAUUGUCACAUUGAUAGUAUAAGAAAUUUGUUUGUUGCAUUUAUGUUAUAUUUUAAAGAGUUUAUAUACAUACAUAUACUUAUAUAUAUAGCUAUAUCUUUUUCAUAUCUUAUUCUAUGCCAAAGACUUACAAGCCAUGAAUCUGUUUGCAUUUAAUGUUGUUGAAUUUAUAUUUUUGUAGUACAGCAUUUCAAUGAAUAUUGACUGAUGCA